UGCAGGGGUCAGGUCCUGGGGGCAGAGCCGCGAUUCCCUUUGCAGCCGGCCACCCUCCCCCCUCCCUGCGGGCUUUUGCACACGACGCGCGGCGGGCGGCUUCACACCAGGUGGCGAGGAGGGCCGGGGAUAAAGCGGGCGGGCGCGGGGCGCAGCGGCUGGGCCGGAGCGGAAGGUGGAAGGUGACUGCGAGUUGCCGUCGUCCCGCGCGCAACUUCGAGGGCGCACCGGGAGAGGCGACAUGCAGACCAUGGACAAGCAGAACCUGCUGGAGAGCACGCGCGGAGCCCGGUCCUUCUUAGGAUCUCUGUGGAAGAGUGAAGCUAGCCGGAUCCCUCCUGUGGACCUGCCCGCGGUUGAGCUCGCUGUCCAGAGCAACCAUUACUGCCAUGCCCAGAAAGAAUCUGGAAGUCACCCUGACCCCGAGAAACAGAGGGCCCGACGCAAACUCUAUGUGGCCUCUGCCAUCUGCCUGGUGUUCAUGAUUGGCGAAAUCAUUGGUGGGUACCUGGCACAGAGCCUGGCCAUCAUGACCGACGCGGCGCACCUGCUCACGGAUUUUGCCAGCAUGCUCAUUAGCCUCUUCGCCCUCUGGGUGUCUUCCCGCCCGGCCACCAAGACCAUGAACUUUGGCUGGCAUCGAGCCGAGAUCCUUGGAGCUUUGCUGUCUGUGCUGUCCAUCUGGGUGGUGACUGGCGUGCUCGUGUACCUGGCGGUGCAGCGGUUGAUUUCCGGAGAGUAUGAGAUCAAAGGGGACACCAUGUUGAUCACUUCGGGCUGCGCUGUGGCUGUGAACCUCAUAAUGGGGUUGGCCCUCCAUCAGUCUGGACACGGGCACAGCCAUGGGAGCAGCCGUGACGACAGUAGCCAGCAACAGAACGCCAGCGUCCGAGCUGCCUUCAUUCAUGUGAUUGGGGACCUUUUGCAGAGUGUGGGGGUCCUGGUGGCAGCCUAUAUCAUAUACUUCAAGCCCGAGUACAAGUAUGUGGACCCCAUCUGCACCUUCCUCUUCUCCGUCCUGGUCUUGGGGACAACGCUGACCAUCCUGAGAGAUGUCCUCUUGGUCCUGAUGGAAGGGACUCCCAAAGGUGUGGACUUCACAACUGUGAAAAAUCUCCUGCUGUCCGUGGAUGGGGUGGAAGCCCUGCACAGUCUGCAUAUCUGGGCGCUGACAGUGGCCCAGCCAGUGCUGUCUGUCCACAUAGCCAUUGCCCAGAAUGCUGACGCCCAGGCUGUGCUGAAGGUGGCUAGGGACCGCCUCCAGGGGAAGUUCAAUUUCCACACCAUGACCAUCCAAAUCGAGAAGUACUCUGAGGACAUGAAGAACUGCCUGGCGUGCCAGGGCCCCUCGGAAUGACUCCCCCCCGGGCCACACGCCGUCUCCUCGGAAGCAUGGUCAGGACCUGUGGGUAGAACAGUUCCGUGUGCAGCCAGGACUCCAGCAAGGCACAGCCUGGACCACUCCACGGUGGGACUCUCCUUAGCCUCUCUGAGCUCACAGGAUGGGGACACAGCAGAUGAGGCCCCACUUCUCUUCCAGGACGGAGUUUGGGCUGGGGAUCCUGAACUGAUGUCAUCCUAACACCACAGCUGGAGAGACAUGGAGGCACAGAAAGGGAUUUGGGGGUGUCCUGUGUGAUCCGGGGUCUCUAUCUGAACCAAAAAUUGAACAAGAUCCAUGUAACAUGUGACUGGGUAGUCGGGGGCGGGGCUCCCUUGGCAGGGUCAGUGUCGUUGAUAAAAGAAUUUGAGCCGGACUCACGAGGAAGAUCUGAGGGUGUUUUAUUAGAGUUUGGGAGAAGGAACACAAAACAAAAAAACCCACAGUCCAGGCGAGCCACGAAUCUCGGCAGCUACCGAAGGAACGUGAGGGAGAAGAGAGAACAAACGUCAGGGCUUUUGAAUUGGGGUCAGCAAUGGAGUUCUGUAAACAGCUGGAUGGCUAUAAUGGGGGACAGGGGCUCAAGGAACAGUGAGAAAGCCACGCAUGCGCACGCACACACACACAAUUUCAAGGCGAGAGAGAA